AGAAAUUAGCCUAAAGACUGUUUUGAAUUUUGAUACUUCAUGGUAUUGCAGUUCACCACAUUGAUUAUUUUACGGCUGCAUAAAUGGCUGCUAACAAAAGUGCACAAAAUGAUUCAAGAAAAACUGGGAGCAAUUCACAUGAAAAUGCUGACAACCUUUCAUGCUCUUCGGAACUACCCCCUCAUUGGAUCUUGAAACAGUCACGCUCUCGAAAAGGCCAGAUUUACUAUGCAAAUUGUCUGACUAAAGAAGUUACAUGGGAACUUCCUAAUUUUGAGCCCUGCCCUGAAGGCUGCAGCAAGUGUCUUCAAUAUCAGAAGGUUGUUCCAAAGGAAAUUUUUCUUUGUAAAGGUAAAACCAACAAACUUAUGACUUCCAUUGAUACCAAAAGUGGUUCUGAGAAGCGCAAAAAGUCAGCAAUAGAAAAACCUGACUUGGACAAUUUCUCUCCAAAAAGUAAGAAACUGAAAUGUCAAAAUCUUGAAGAUGUUAAUCUCAAAAAGGAAAUCCUGCCCAAGGCUGGUGGUAUACAGAAAAAUCCAAUCUUAACAAAAUCUUCAAUGAAAUUGGAUCCUAAAUUUGGUUCUCCCAAGUUCCAGAAUGAUUCUGGACAUACAUCAGAAGCAAGUACAGCCAAUAUGAAAUCUAUUUCUACAAAAAAAUUUAUUUCAUCAGUAAAGUCUGAAAACCAAGAUGACGGGUAUACAUUACAUCAUAUUAAUGUUAUGAAGUCAACCAAUACUCUUAGUGGAAUUAACUCUUCUUCUUCUCCACCAAAAUCAAAGACGUUUUUGCAUCAAUGCAAGCCAAAAAUCCCAAAAAAGCAACCUUUCACCACCAAUAUCAUUUCAGAAGAGACUUCAAGAAAUAUUUCUGAGAGAAACUUAAGUGAGUCUGUUGGAAGAACGCUUGAUGGACUUGGGAAAGUGCUCAAAGUUCCACAACUUUGUACUUCAGAGUGCAAGGAAAUAAAAAAUGUGAAUGUUCUAAAAUUAUUUUGCAAAAAAGCAAAAAUAACGGAACUCUCUCAACAACCAAAAGAUUGUCAAGCAGUACAAACUUUACUUGAUCCUGAUACCCAAUGGCCUAUAACUCACCAAGAUGAAACAAGUUCAAUGAUUUCCACUGAGAAGCAUUCCACUGACGAAUUUCCCAAUGAAUUUGUGCAGUCAUUGCCUAGUAAAUUUGGUGCUAUUACACCUGAUUCUUCAGCCAUUGCUGUUGGAAUUACAUCAAACAAAAAAAUAUUUCCACAAAGUAUUGCAGAAGGCAUUGAUGCUGAAAAAGGUGGCAUGGCCAGAGGUACACUUUUUGACAACAAACCUUGCAAGCCCAUACCUUUGGAGGAUGCAAGCUGUCUCAGUAGAUUUGGUCAAAUAGAACUUGAUGUCAAAUCUUUGACCACAUGCAUUGUUGUUGAUACUAACAUUCUGAUUCACAACCUGAGUUUGUUGAAAUCUCUGUCAUCUAAUAACAUUUUCAUGAGAGGAUCUGAAUAUCAUGUGCUAGUUGUGCCCUACACUGCUCUAGUAGAGCUGGAUGGCCUCAAACAGCAAGAAGCACUCGUGGCUAGAGUUCGUGCUGCAAUUAAAUGGUGCAAUAAAGCUUUUGGCCCAGCUUCUGCUGUGGCCGGUGAAAGUUAUUCCAGCAUUGUACAGGGACAAAGCUACACUAAUUUUAAAUAUCUUUGUGAAACAAUGGGAAGCAAGAAAGGCGAUGACUGUAUACGCGACUGCUGUUUGUGGUUACAGCAACAGGGCUUCUGUGUGAUGCUCCUUAGCAAUGAUAUGAACUUUAGGACCAAAGUUCACAUGGCAAACAUUCUGUGUAUUGACUCCACGGGCAUGUGGAACAAGUUGGAAUGGUUAAAUGAGACACGAUCAUCAAAUUCAUUGCAGCUCUUUCCUGUAGAAAAAAAUCAGGACAUAGGGUCUGUGAAAAAGAAUGGUGACUUGAAUCGGCAGGGCCAAAAAAGGGAAGUCUUGUUGAGAACACAGUGCAAAGAAGUAGAUGCCUCAAGAGAUGAGGAUUCGGUUCCAUCAACUGAUUCUGUCACUAAUUUGGGAAUUAUUGGUCGAACAGAGUUCUGGCAAACUGAAAACAUGAUUAUGAAUUUUUCAUCAACAAAUUCUGAUUCGCUAUGCCCUGUUCAAAUUCCACCUCGUGAAAUCAUUUGUUCUUCCUUGAAAAACACAAUUGAAAAUAUUUUGAAACAAAUAAUGCAAGAUGUUUAUGAUGAUUUGUGGCUACAAAUUGUGUUCAGAAAACCUCCUUGGACACUUGAUGACCUUAUUGUGUGCUGGGAAAAGCACUGGCGCGCUGUGCUCUUUGAUCAAUUUCCGAACUCUGUAUUAAAAUAUUUGAGACGCUUUAAAUCGCUGUUAGCCAAUGAAAGCACUGAAACAAAACUUUUUGAUUCAAUGUCUCAAAUCUUCCUGCAGUUUUCUCUCACAAAAUUCAGUAAUUUGGUUGAGUAUCCUAAAGAACUGGCCUAUUUUAAUUCAUCAACCUCAGAGUUUUCUAGCCUAUUAAGUUCUGGGGAAACCUCUGACUCUUCAAUGACAUCAUUUGCGAAUCAAAACAACAUUGAGGAUGUGAUGCUUAAGGAUGCAUUGGCCUACUCGGCUGCACAACUUGAUUCCCUCAAUGGAGGUCGCCCUGCUUCAGCUUCAUCAGUGUCUGCCAUUACAUCUUCUGAGUCUUCCAUCAUAUAUAGUACUUCACAUUUUGUUCCUAAUUCUAUUACACCUUCAAAAUUCUGUCCAGUACUGCACUCUUCUGAACCAGAAAAAGACGCAUGUGCUAGUCAAUUUAGCCAUGACACUCGUCAUCAGGACGUUUCACCUGUCAGCCUCACGAUACAGGAUGAAGCAAAUGAGCAGCGCGCUGUUGACGAGAUACUUGAUUCAACAAUUCUAAAAGUUGCACUUGAUGCCUUAACUGCUACAGGCAACAAAAUGAGGGACUUGGUCUUGGACGGCUUAUCAAGUCUGGCUGCUGUGGAAGGACCCGACAGGACGCGCGUACUGCAGUCACUGUUGUGUCUACGCGACUGCAUCAGGAGCCUCAGGGAAGCCAUUGCGCGAUGUCGUCUGCAGCCCUCAGCAGCGACUCACUUGACCGCCCUAAGGGCGGCCAUAUGCAGCUUCUGGACCAACGUGCCUGGCGAGGUCUCGGUGCCUCAAGUAUUCAGUGGCCCUCAGGGCGACCUUAUUGCCCAGGCGCUCUUCGUGAAGCAAGAGUCCGAGUUUUGGUUGAACUGCAUCAAUCAACUAAGGGAAAUGGAAGUGAAACUAGAACUUGCCCAAGAACCGUGACUAAAUUUGUAAGCUCUUCAAUCACGUCCCUGGCCUGAUGAAGUGAAAAGAUUGAAACGUUCCCGCGUUUUCCUCCAGUGAUUAUUCUCGUCCAUUUUUCACUAUAAAUUUAAACUUUAACUUAUUAACUUUUUUCGAAGAUUUUACAUUUACCUUUUUUUUGCCAAGCUACACUUCUUGGUUUCAUUCAUGUUAUUAAGGAACCCUUCUUGUUUAAUUCUUAUUUUUAGUGAGCUUCUACUCAAAAUGAAGUAAGGGAAGAAAGUGUAGACGUUACCAUGUCUGUCGACCAGUUUCCCAACUGCGGGUUUCAUGCUGGUAUCUUAGUGCACAUACCUUUAUGUUACGACAGCUGCCAUGAUUUUGUUAACUCUAACUUAUAUAUGAAGAUAAUACAACUUCAAAACUCGACGUUGCCAUCUCUUUUGCAUUCAGUAAACGAGAAUAAAAUGCGUUGCAGUUUUAUGUUAUAAGUUAGCUAUUGAUGAAAAUGCAUAGAUUUCAUUGAACAUGGGUACAAAUCGUUAACUUGAAUGUGAUGUUUACUGGUGAUAAUAACGCUAAGGAACGCUUCCUAGAAUCUAGUUAGACGCUAUGCCACUAUUUCGAGUUUACACACUUCGGUGCUACUCUAGAAUUUCUCACUUAUAAGGAUUAGUCAGCUGUGUCAUCGUUCCAAUAAGCAAUAAUCAUUCUUUGUGCACUACUUAGGUUUCUUUAACGUAUAAUCAAUCCAUCACGACGCUUCAACAUCCCCCAAUGUAGUAUUUUUGAUAAACCUAAUUGAACACAAAAUUCACUUUAUCUUAGGGAUCCGAUGUAAUUCAACUCGUUUACAUCACUGCUCUUUAGUUCAUUUCCGUUCCUGUCUCAGUGCAUUUUGGUUUCUAGGACGUUCAUUAUUCUUAGUUUAAGCCCUUCUCCGCAAUUCCGAUGACCAUUUUAAGUGUAGCGGUUCAUCAUUAUUCACAGAUGUCAAUCUGUGCACAUUAGAGGAAUUACGAGUCUUUAUAAGGUAAUCCAAAAUAAGAUAUAUUCACUGUUAUCUUCUAAAUGUAUGAUCCGUAGUGAGUUGUGUAUAAGAGGAAAGUCUCCACGAGUAAAUCGUCAAAUAUUGUUGAACAUGCUUCCAUUCCGAACGCUCUCGAGCCUAGGUAGUAGAUAUUAGAGCGUAAGCUGCGUAUGAACUCUUCGUUUCUCGGCACUGACACGUUUAGGUGCUAGUUCUUUCUAUGCCGGGUAUUGACAACGGCAUUGAGGCAGGUACCUACGGUUCAGUUGUGAAAUCCUUAUCGGCCAAAUAUCGUUGGAUUGGAAACAAGCAACAUGAUGUAAAUAAUUAUUUCACUUUUUCCCUUGCAAUGCUGUUCGUUUCGUGGCGAGUUAAUGCCAAAGUUUAGAAUUAUACGUUUUUCUCA